AUCUUGGAUCUUCAGCCUAUAUCCCAGGGAGUAAUGCAGGAUGUUUCCCUGUAGCACUUUCCUAGUGCUGUCCUGUCACUUUAAAUGUCCAGAAGUCUCGAGCUUCAAGUAUUUCCCUAGUGGAGACUGUUCCAAGAGACUGAGAGCCUAGGAGCACAAAGUUUAACACAUUGUUUGGCCUAACUACUGUGUGUGUCAUAGAUACUGUUGCUUCCUAACUUCAGCAUUUAAAAAGCUGUAAAUUAACUUUGAAUUUAAUACGAUGGGCCAAGUCACAUCACUGUAACUCAGGAUGCAAGCCCCUUUAUUCUGAGCACUUUGGACUGGGGGAGGUGGUCUCAAAUUAGCAGCCAUUGAACUUCCUGUGCGGUUUCAGACAGAACAUCAUAAAGUAACUAAAACUUUCUCUUUUGGCUUGCAUUCUCCAUCUUCUGUCAGGACAGCCAGAAGGACAGAUAUUUACUUCCUGGAUAUGCAUAUAUAGAGGAUCAGAUCAGACACAGAACGGAAAAGUCUUUUCCAGCUCUCCUGCAUCUUCCCAAACAACUACAGAUCCAUUGGUUUUUCAUCAAAUGCCAUCAUCUAUCAUAGGCCACUAAAGAAAAGUCUACAGUUUCCACACUCACCAUCCUCUAGAAAUGAGCAAGAAGGAAAUGACUUACACAGAAGUGAAAUGUCACACUUCUGAGCAGCAGAGGAGACAAAGACCUAGGAACUCUGAGAGCAAAGAAAUGAGAAAAAAAGAAACUAUCUACAUGAAUACAAAAUUUCUCACUUCUCCUGAGCAGCAGUUGACUCAAAGACCUGAAUUUGCAGAAAUCAAAGGUUCCCCUGCUCCAGCUCGUCCCUGGCAGAUCAUUGCAGUCAUUCUGGGGAUUUUCUGCCUGGUGUUGUUAGGAGUCUCAGUGGCCUUGGCUAUCAAGUAUCAUUCCUGUCCGGGAUGCCCUGACCAGUGGGUACGAUAUAGAGACAGCUGUUACUACUUCUCCAAUGAGAAGAAAGAUUGGAAUUCUAGCUGGAAUUUCUGCUCUGCCCAAGACUCAGGGCUCUUGGUAAUCAGUGACAACAGGGAAAAGAACCUGUUCCUGGGGUUCCAUAUGGAAGAACACUGGAUUGGAUUGACAAAUUUCAAUGGCUCUGGCUGGGCCUGGGAAGAUGGCUCGACAUUCAACGAUAUAAAGGUCACUUCUAACAGCCCCGUGCAGCACUGUGCUGUCCUAUUAAAGAAUGCCCUCCAUGCCUCCAGCUGUACAGUUCCUUUCCUAUGCAUCUGUGAGAAAUCCCUCAAGUAACCUCCUGCUGCACUUUCCCACCAAAUAUUCUUCACUCACACUCAGCCAAUACACCUGAAUCAUGAACCCAUUAAAGAUGCUCUUAGCUUUGUUCAUGUGCGACAAGUUUGACAGUAUUCCUAAGUACUUAGCAGCAUGUACUGCCUUGUGGGAGACCAAGGUUUGAUUCCUGCUGUAAUGUAGGUAUACAAUUGUGUCUAAGCAUCUAGUUAAAGCAGCAUCAACUGAAAAAGCUGAAGUUCUUGUUAAUACAUGUAUUGUUGAUUAGCUUUGUAUUUAUAUUUUUAGCACAGUUGUACUGUGGCUCAGACUGACAGAAAUUAAAAUGUGUUUAAAAAACUCAAUAAAGGAAAAU